GAUAAGCUAUCACGUGCGAAGGUCCAUCCGCAGGAUUCCGUAAAGAUGACGUGUGACGGGAUGCAGGUGCAAGGAAUGCAUCAGGAAUACAACAGAAGAGACGUGGGACUCCUUCAUCCCGAUUGGCGAAAGUUUCCUCACGUACAGCUUUACGGAUGGACCGCGCACCACGAACAUCAAUGGAAAUAUCUGCACAAUAUGAUCGUUAAAGGCGCCUUGGAAUCGGCUUACUACGCCACGGAGACGCAGUACAAGGCAGCCUCUUUGAGCAACCAGUACACCGUCCUCUCGAGACCGAUUGUCAGCAACGUAAAGGAGGUGAUCGAGUUGCUAAGGCGGAAUCAACAGUUCGGCAAUUAUUCGCACAGUCUUGCGGAAUCUGCAGAAUACGACGCCGACGACGAAUCUGAUGAUAAACCCAGACUACGAUGCCGCGAGAAAAAAUAUCGCUGGUUAGAAACGGCAGUGUAACUUUUAUACAUAUACAAGAAAUGUAUACAUUAAAUCUCAUGUAAAGAAUGAGUAACG